CAUUUGCUGCGUACAGUUGCAACCGAUCAUUCAGCCGAUUCACAAGUAUUUUUGUUUUGUUUGUGUUCUCUUUCGGCUUCUGCUCGUUUUGGGCCUCUACUUUCUGGCCUAAAAGAAAACGCGCACUGAGAUAGUUCGGCAUUCGUUUGUUGUCAAUCGGGGAAUGCAGCCAAGAUAUGGCUGGCCUAGUACAUAGUACACCUUACACUGCCACUGGCUGCGGAGUCGUCCCGAAUCGCUUGAAGCAUUCGCGCUGCAGAUAAAAACGAAGAAUAUGAACGCCUAGAAGGAAGAGUCUAUAGCCCCGUCCAUCCAACCAGCUUAAGCUUAAUUCUAGCAAUGCAAUCGCAACAAGUCCGUCCAAUAAGCACCUAUGACAAUCUGGGUGCCGCUGCCCAUGUGGCACCAAGCAACAAGCAGCACCAGCAGCAGCUCCACAGAGCUGGAGAAAGUCCCAAGCAGCCGGAGAGAGCCACCACCAGAGGUGUGAGUGAACAGCUGCUGUCCAACGGCAUGUCGCAGCCGCAGACGGAGCUGGAGCCCGAGGAGGAGCUGAAUGGCAGCGGUACCAGCCACAGCAUAGCCGCCGUUAAGGCGGCCCUCAACGAUGCCAAAUCGAAAUUCUUUGGCAUCAACAACUACGAUGAAUAUGAGUCAGCCGUCCAGCCAACACAGAUGCCAAUGCCAGUAGUCAAAGCCCAUUCACAACAGCCGACCAUUAAGCCGGAACCAAAGUAUCAGAACGUCCCACAGCGCCCGAAGCCACAACCCAAUGAGCUUCCGGCUACAAUCAUCGAGCCAGUGGCAAUGCCACCAGUGUCAGUCAGCAGUCCGGUGGACAGAUCCCUGCGUUAUGCCACAACCUAUGAACAAAUACCCCUGAGUGACUUGGAUGCCCCGCAGCCGUCGCAGGUGAGUGCUGUCUACAUGAGCACUACGGUGCCGCAGAAUAUAAAAGGCAUGAAGAUCGCUGGACGACAUACGCCGACCCGAAAUAGUCUGAGACACAGCCGCAUGAUAGUUGUGAAUCACAAGAACCAUGACAGUCUACAGGCGGCAUAUUCCAAGCACAUUCGAAAUCUGAAUAUUUCUCGGCAGCUUUUGAUAAUGCAAUUAGCUGUGGGAUUGCUGAUAGUCGGACUGGCCAUUUGGAUACUGCUGCUGGAGCCAAACGCUUCCAUUCUGAUCAAUCCGUAUCUGAGUGGCCUAUCUCUGUUGCUGGCCAGUAUUGCGGGCCUGAUACUACUGAGACGGGAUCACCGGACACAGGGGCAUAGGGCGCCCAAUAGCUGCUACAAAGUUCUGCUGGCCGAAUCCUACGUGUUCUCCGCCUUGGCUUUGGUCUUUUGCUGCCUGGCGCUGGUCUGUGCGGCCAUUGAGUUUGCUGAGCUGGCAUCAGCUGUGGACGGUGCCUGCGGACCGGCCACCAGUUCUCUUUUAAGCUAUCACAAUUGCACCUGCCUGACGUCUGGCGAUGAUGUGGUCGCUGAUGGCAGCAGUUCCCCGAACGACAACAGCAGCAGCAGCUUCGAGGAAUGCAGUGCAUUUCGCGGUGAAUGGAAGUAUCUGCUGGCCUUCUCCAUGGCUCUCAAUGCCCUGGGCAUUGUUGCAACAUUCUUAUACAUAACGCUAUUUAUUUGUUGCCACCGCAACAGGAAGCACUUUUACACGUCUGUCUAAAGGAGGGCCAGGUUCCUCCAGUCCAUUACUUGCAUUACUUGAAUUCUUGCUUUUAAAUUAAAAAUAAAUUAUUUACAAACAAAGCAAAA